AUGGACAAUCAACAACGUAGCCCUCUUCUAACUUGGGCUUACUUCUGCCAAGGAAAGUCAAUGGAGGAGCUAAAACAAUCCUUAAUCUACACGACAAUGGAGCUUGAACAAACAAGAGCAACAGUCCAAGAAGAAUUAAGAAAAAGAGACGAACAGUUACUCAACCUAAAAGACAUUCUCAACAAAGUCAUAAGAGAAAGAGACGAAGCGCAUGAAAAAUGCCAAAGACUUUUCUUAGACAAGUUGCUUUUCCAACAACAACAACAACAACAACAACAUCAAAAACAACAAAAACAAGAUCCUCUGUCUGGAAUUUCAAGCGUCGAAGAUGAACACAAACGAGGAAUUGAAUUUUCUAACAACAAUGGCUUAUCAUCAUCAGAUUGUGAAGAAAGCACGGUUUCCUCGCCGACAGAACAACAACCAACGAUGAUGAUUGAGUUGAUAGCAAAAGAUAAACCUUUGCCGGAAAAAGGUAAACUUUUGCAGGCAGUGAUGAAAGCUGGUCCUUUGCUUCAGACCCUUUUGCUUGCGGGACCAUUACCUCAAUGGAGACACCCUCCACCACCGUUAGAGACCUUUGAGAUUCCACCUGUCACAAUUCCAUCACCGACACAGCAACAACAACAACAACAACAACAAAUUCUUCAGCAAGAUUCUUCCUUUGUGAACACUAACUGUGGAAGAUUCAGUAGUAGAAAAAGGGUUUUCUCUGAAGGUUCUGAUUCUCCUUCUGCAGAUAACAACAAGUACCAGAGGAUUGUACUCCAUUGA